ACGCCUCCUGCAGUAUUAUACAGUCAGAGAACAGCAGUCUGCAGGCUUUAGACAGAGUCACACAGAGUUAUGCUUCAACAGACCGAACAACUUCCACUCACUGUUAUUCGUUCAAAUCCUGCAUCAUGGGAAACUUUUUCAGCAAAUGGCAAGACGGAAGCAACGAGACUAAAGACAGACAACCGGCGGCAGACAAUAUGAGCUUCCUGAUGAAGUGCGUGGGAUUACAAUGUAUAACAAGACCACACACUGAUGAGGCAAAGACAGGACGACACACUGGCACCACAGUGAACCUUGUUCUUUUGGGAAUGGCUGGGACUGGAAAGAGUGCCAGUGGGAACACCAUCCUUGGACAGAAACACUUUGUUUCUAGACCCAGUUCAACGGCGGUCACCACAAUUUGCCAGAAUGUACAAACUGAGAUCAGUGGUGUAGACGUAAAUGUGAUUGAUACCCCAGAUAUGUUUGAUGAUGACAUUGCUCCAUCAGUUAGGGGCAAACAUGUGCAAAGGUGCAAACAACUCUGUGAGUCAGGACCAUGUGUGUAUGUACUUGUGAUGCAUGUGAGCAGAUUUAUAGAUGAUGAGAGAGACAUAAUGGAAAAGUUAGAAAAAGCUUUUGGGAGGGAAGUUAGAGGACGAACAAUCAUCCUGUUCACCCGAGGAAACGACUUGCAGCAGGCGGGAAUGGGCUUGAAGGAUUUUCUUCAUUCUUGCCAACCUGAUCUGAAGAAAAUGGUUGAAAAGUGUGGAAACAGGUGUGUUCUCUUUGAGAACAACAAAUCAGGUCCUGAUCAGGUUGAAAAACUAAUGAAGGUGGUAAACACAAUACUCAAAGACCAGAAUAAUAAAACACUUGACAGUAAAAAACCGGCCUGGCCAGUAGAGAAACCGGCCUUGACCAGUGAAGACUCCACAAAAGCUCACCGCAAAGACGGAGAAGACUCCACCUGGGGGCCUGGAGGAAAUCGCACGCCGUUUGCCAGUCCAAUCAACAACCGAGAAAACAGCAUGGCUGAGUCCAAGUCACUCGAAGAGCUGAAAAUAGAGCGAACCACUGCAAAGAGACUGUUUUCCAGACUCACCAACCAUAUAAUAAGGACCCACAUGGAUAUGUCUGUAGAGGAGCUGCAGGAUUCCUUCAAGAGACUCACAGCAGAGGGCUCCAAAGUGAUUGACGCGAACGAGGAGCUUGAAGCCGCCUACAUCACGCAGUGUGAAGCAGAGGGCACACCGGAGCUGAUGGGCCAACAGAGAGCAGACGUCGAAAAAACGGAGAAAGAAUGUGAGCAGAAGUUGAAGGAGGUGAAGCACCUAAUCAGAGAGACACUGUGGACAUCAUGGUGA